AUAAACACAGAUCUCAUACCCAGAAAGCAUGGCAUUACAAAAUACUACCACAGUUACAGACUUUAUCUUGCUUGGCUUCCCUCUGUCUCCUGAAUUGAAGAUGCUCCUGUUUACCUUGGUGUUAGUUUCCUACUCAGUCACUCUGGUGGCCAACAUGCUAAUCAUCACCACUGUCCAGAUGAAUGCAAAGCUCCAAAUACCCAUGUAUAUUUUUCUCACUCACUUCUCUCUGAUGGAAAUUGGUUACACCACAGUGAUUAUUCCAAAAAUGUUGAAUGGGCUUUUGGUUGAAAAUGAAACCAUUUCAAGAAAUGGAUGUCUGACACAGUUUUACUUCAUAUUUUUUUCUGGUUCAAUUGAAAAUGUUCUCUUAGCCUUUAUGGGCUAUGACCGUUAUUUGGCUAUCUGUAUUCCUUUACGUUAUCCAUCCAUAAUGACCAAUUCUGCUUGUUGUUGGUUAUGCAUUGGGUCUUGGAUUGCUGGAUGCCUUAUCCCUUUGAUGCCAACAAUCUGUGUAUCAAAUUUAGUUAUUUGUAAUGAUAGAAGGAUUGACCAUUUUUUCUGUGAUUUUGGACCACUGGUGAAGCUCUCCUGCUCUGAUACCACAAUGGCAGUGAGGAUUUUCUUUGCACAGGCUUGGAUCCUGAUUUUAAGCUGUUUUAUUGUGAUAAUGAUUUCAUAUAUCUUCAUAGUAUCCACCAUUUUGAAAAUCCCCUCCAUAAGGGGUCGGCAGAAAGGGUUUUCUACUUGUGCGUCUCAUUUCACCGUGGUUAGUAUUUUCUAUGGUACAAUUAUUUUCACAUAUGUGAGGCCUUCCGCUGGAAACACAUCUUAUAUGGACAAAACCAUAUCCGUGUUCUAUGCUGUGGUGACCCCAUUGCUUAAUCCUAUUAUUUACAGCCUGAGAAAUGAAAGCGUUAAGGUAGCAAUGCAAAACACAGCUAAAAACUUACUGCAAUAUGAUAUAAAGGACAAGUAAAUAUUGAUGCCACAUAUUUUUAUUUACGUUCCUGCCUCUUACUCCAUUUGGCUAUGAGGGGCAACAAGACAAGCUGGAGAAACAUUGUCACAUAGUUAGUAUAGCAACUGUUGUUAUACUGUAUUACUGCAGGACUCCAUAACAGGUGUAUCCAUCAGAACUAAUGCCUUGCUCCCCACCUCCAACCUGCUGCUCUAUAGUAUGGAGAUGUCAUUAGAUACUGAAAGCUG